CGAGGCGAGCUCGGUCGCGCGUCGCACGAGGACUGUUCCACGGCCUCAGCCGAUGCCGAUCGCGGUGUAGGUCUCUCCACGACUCGGCCGAAUCGAGCGAAACGAGCGGGAACCGAGCGAACCGAGCGAACCGAGAGCGAGAACCGAGAGCGAACCGAGCGAUCCAAGCGAACCCGACGAACCGGAGAGCAGAGAGCAAAGAGCAGAGAGCAGAGAGCUCGGAGCAGAGCGAGAGGGGAGGAUCUACCCGCCACCGCGACGCUCGGUGCGCUACGGCGCGCAAGGAUACAGCAUCGCGAAGAGGAGAAGAGAGAAGAGCGCCUCCUCCGCCACCGACUUUGGCCGUCUGGCUGGGUGAAGCAGCGACCGAUCGGGAGGACGGGCCAACCGGGCCGCCGCCGCCGUCUGUCUGGCCCUUCGACACGCGCUGCGUCGACAGGCUGGCCGACCAGCCAUCGUCGCAUCCGCAAUACGCAACACGCAAUCCGCAUCCAUCGUUUUCCAACCACAAGCAACGAGACCAGACGCGGGGCACGAGCGUGUCACCGUUCGAACGAUACGAGACCGAUCGGCGCCGCCUCACCUUAAGGGCUGCCGCCGCACAGGUAAACGGCUCGGAGCAACCACGGACCUGCAUACGACGAGUCGGCGGAGGAGGAGGAGGAGUACCGGACGACACAAUGCGGCCUAGGGCCGCGGCAACGUCAACCGCUGCAACCUGCAGGCCGCGUCCGUUCCCGGUUGUCCUGCGAGUCACCUGCGUCCUUGCCCUACUGGUCGUCACGUGGAUACCGGUCACCGAGGCUGUGAUCUGCAAAGAUUCGUACAAAUGCAAUUGCACAGGAAUAAAGGGUGGUCCAGGUUAUCCCGGAAUCCCCGGGCCACAAGGACCGGAAGGGCUUCCGGGUGAAAUCGGUCCGGACGGUCCUCCCGGUCCAAAGGGUGAAAAAGGUGCUGGCGGAGAAUAUGGCGGCACCGGAGAAAAGGGCUACCGGGGCGACCCAGGCAUACAAGGAUUCACCGGUGCUCCUGGACUCUCGGGCAAUCCAGGUUUGGCCGGUGUGAUGGGACCUGACGGUUUGGAUGGUUGCAACGGGACCGAUGGACGUGCUGGCGCACCAGGAAUGCCGGGUGUCUAUGGUAAUCGUGGUAUUCCGGGUCCACUUGGUGAUUACGGACCAACUGGCGAACCUGGCGACGGUGGUAUCAACUCCGUCGGCGUAAAAGGUGUCCGUGGUACUCCGGGUAUCGAUGGGCUUGCGGGAUAUCAAGGAUCGUACGGAAUUCCUGGUGAAAUGGGUCUUCCAGGUGAAACGGGCGACAUGGGUUAUCCUGGCGGGAUAGGCUUACCAGGAUUGCAAGGUGAACCUGGCGAUGCAGUGUACGGCGUGAAAGGUUCGCCAGGAGAACUGGGAGAUAGGGGUGAACCUGGGCCGCCUAGCAGUCGUGAAUACAGGAAGUCUAACGGAUCCACACUGGUAAAGGGAUUUAAAGGCUACAGAGGAAUGCGCGGUGAUUAUGGUGCACGGGGACGAAAGGGAGAAGUGGGCUCUAAAGGUCUCCCGGGCCGGCCAGGUUUUCUGGGUAUUAAAGGUAUGAAAGGAGAGCAAGGCACGGACGGGCCGAGAGGAAAACAGGGUGGAGUUGGUCCGAUUGGACCCGCGGGCGAAAAGGGAGAGAAAGGUGCCCCGGGUUAUGAGGGAAAUCCAGGACCGUCAGGACCCGAUGGCGAGCUCGGCGAACCGGGAAAUCGUGGCGCUCCCGGUAAACAAGGAGCAGCUGGAGAACCUGGAAAAUACAUACCGGAACUCGACGAAAUAAUUGAAGGGAAUAUUGGAAUUCAAGGAGACUUAGGUCCGCCUGGUCCAAUGGGACAGCCAGGGACGCCAGGUUUACCUGGUAAAGUGGGUUACAUCGGACCACCUGGUCCACCAGGGCCUGCUGGUCCUCCUGGAUCGGCAGGGCCAAAAGGAACUUCCGUGAAAGGAGAGCCAGGAUCUGAUGGUCUUCCUGGACAGAUGGGCUCUCAAGGUCCUCCAGGUUUAGUCGGACCCCCUGGAGACUUUGGACCGAAAGGAUUUCCUGGUAUAACUAUUAUUGGACCACCGGGUCAAGACGGAAAACCUGGAAUACCGGCUCGUACUGGGGCACCUGGCGAUCGUGGUGAUCCGGGACCUUCUGGAGCGAAAGGAUUCCCCGGUAAAGGUAUUAGAAUACAAGGACCACCCGGUGAACGUGGACUGCCAGGAUUACCAGGAAUUCCGGGCUCGGACGGAUGGCCCGGUUCACCAGGUCCAAGAGGUCAAAAAGGCUACAGGGGCGAUGAUUGUGGCGUUUGUGCACCAGGAUUGCCUGGUGACAAGGGUGAAUCUGGUGACGCCGGACUGAACGGAUAUCCUGGAGCGCCCGGUUUUCCUGGAUUGACAGGACCGCGCGGACAGAAGGGAGCUCACGGGAAGCCUGGUAUUGCUGGACCAGGAGGAUUGGAAGGCGACAGCGGAAGACCUGGAAUCGCUGGAUCUCAAGGACCCAAAGGAGAAAGAGGAAGAAUCAUUCUGCCUCGAGGACAAUUGAAAGGAAUAAUUGGUGACGUUGGUGAUAAGGGUUAUCCUGGUCUAGAGGGGCUGAGAGGGCAAAAAGGCGAAUACGGUCUUACCGGGGAUUCAGGCCCGCCAGGGCCUAAGGGAGAGAAGGGUGAUUAUGGAUCUCCAGGGCCUUCUGGCCGAGACGGUUUAUCAGGUCUCGAUGGUGUUCCGGGUGAGAAAGGUGAAGACGCGCAGGUACCGCUUUUGUAUCUGAAAGGAGAGUCAGGUUUCCCGGGACAACGAGGGCCUAAGGGUAUGGAAGGUGAUAGAGGAAGGAAAGGUGAACCUGGAACGUCCUCGCAGCACGACAUAAAAUUGGACGGAGACAAAGGGUUCAAAGGAGAAGUUGGUGCUCCAGGGGAGGAUGGUGCAAAAGGAGCUCGUGGUCGUACAGGCGACGAAGGAUAUCCUGGGGAACCAGGAAUACCUGGAUUUCCCGGUAUAUCGCGACAAGGUCCAGGUGGAUUAAAAGGGUAUCCAGGAAUGCCAGGAGAACAAGGAUACCGUGGUGCUCCAGGCACACCAGGAAAUGAAGGACCCGUUGGUUUUCCGGGUCGCGUAGGUAACAAAGGUGAUCGCGGUGAGCCGGGCACGAAUCAGACGUAUGGUGACAUCGGUGAACGAGGUUACUGGGGUGAGAAGGGAGAAAUCGGUGAUGCCGGACCAAUGGGCUUCCGUGGGAGAGCUGGAAUCGACGGGACAAAGGGUGUCAGAGGUAGCAAAGGAGCUCCCGGUUUAGCUGGUCUAUCUGGUCUUCAGGGAGCCAAAGGACAACGGGGCGAUAGUGUUCAAGGUGCCCGUGGAUUCCCGGGAAUAUUGGGUCAACCUGGGAUGCCCGGAAGAAUUGGAGAAGCUGGCAUUCGAGGUCCCGAUGGACCACCCGGAUUCGACGGAAUGAAGGGCCUGAAAGGAGAGCUCGGUUUCAUUGGACGUAGAGGCGAUGACGGUGACGAUGGUCCAAUGGGUUAUUUGGGACGCGACGGUUCGCCAGGUAUGCCUGGUCCUCCGGGUGAAGACGGUGACGUUGGAGAUCUCGGCGACACCGGUCCACCAGGCUGGCCUGGAGGAGAAGGCUUCCCGGGUCUACUGGGUGCUAAAGGGGAACAAGGUGACGUUGGAUUACCUGGCCUUCCGGGUAUUAUGGGUCUCCCUGGAAUUCAAGGCAUCACUGGAGACAGAGGCCUUGACGGGCCAGAUGGUUUCCCGGGUGAAAAUUCAUUUAGUGGACCACAAGGUGAUAUCGGUGAAGCUGGUUACAUGGGAGAGAUUGGGGUACCCGGAAUCCCAGGCAUGGAUGGUCGACCUGGUUUACCUGGUGAACCUGGCACAGCCAUCGACGGUUACAAUGGUUUCCCUGGGCUGAAAGGUGAUUCAGGUUAUGAUGGAGCCCAUGGAAUUCCUGGACUAAAGGGAGAAAUCGGUGACAUGGGACCGGAUGGUGCGAGAGGACUACUAGGAGAUUGGGGAUUCCCAGGAACAAAAGGAGCAGCUGGUAUACAUGGCAAAUUUGGUGGAAAAGGUGAACGCGGUCUGGAAGGUCCGGUCGGUUUAGAUGGUCCUAACGGUAAAAGAGGACUGGACGGUGAUCCUGGUCUAAUGGGUCUACCAGGAAUGCCUGGUGACGAAGGCCCUCGAGGUAUGCCUGGUUUAACAGGUGUACCAGGACCAAAGGGUUAUAUAGGCGAACCAGGUUUACCAUCGUAUGCUAUAGCAGAGAAAGGCGAGUUCGGCAAUCCUGGUCUAGAUGGUCUCGAAGGAGAGAAAGGCGAGCGAGGUGAACAAGGAUACGUUGGAAGACCUGGUCGAAAGGGUGAAAGCGGUGACGCAGGCUUCUAUGGACCAGAUGGUUUCCCAGGACUAUCAGGAUUGCCAGGACUUCCUGGUAACCAAGGGCGACCAGGCGCACCAGGAGUGCUCGACGAAUUCCCCGAACCAGGCGAGAAUGGACUACCCGGAUUUGAUGGAGCGCCGGGUGUUCCAGGAAUUCAUGGACAAAAAGGUGCACCUGGAGAAUACGGGCCAAAUGGUCCGCAAGGAAUUGUUGGAGAGAUUGGUAUAAGUUUCCCUGGUCCAAAAGGAUAUCCAGGAGAUCGAGGUGCAAAAGGUUUCGUCGGUUAUCCUGGGACUCCGGGAUUGGCAGGACUACCGGGUCUCCCUGGACCAUGUGGACCGAAAGGUGCUGCAGGAGAACCAGGCUAUCCUGGUUACAGUAACAAAGGAGAGUCUGGAGAAAUGGGAUUACGUGGAUUCGAUGGACGGUUAGGGCGGAAAGGUGAAAUAGGGGUCUCGGGUCUUCCUGGAUUUAUUGGAGAACCUGGAUUCAAAGGAGAACGUGGCGAUCACGGGAUCCCUGGACCUCCAGGAUUGGACGGAAUUCCAGGACCAAAAGGACCAAAAGGAGAUCGCGGCAUCAAUCCAUUCUCGUUGGUUCCGCGAAAAGGAAUCCCCGGUGACGUAGGUGACGUAGGAUUACCAGGAAUCCGUGGACUUCAAGGAAUGAUGGGUGAACCUGGAAGAAAUGGAGUCUCUGGAAGACCAGGAGAAAUAGGAAUGAUGGGUUUGCCAGGUCCCCAAGGACCAGACGGUGAAGACGGUUCCGAGGGUUAUCCUGGUCACCCUGGUCCUGUCGGUCGUCAAGGGCCACCAGGAUAUCCUGGACCACCAGGAAUUCCGGCGCCUCCCGGCGCUGGUCCACGAAGUAGAGGUUUCCAUUUUGCGCGACACUCGCAAACUGAAAUGAUACCUCUAUGCCCGAAGAACACGAUUAAAAUUUCGGAUGGUUUCUCGUUAUUGCACAUAAUGGGAAAUGGACACCCAUAUGGACAAGAUCUUGGCGCCGCAGGCAGUUGCGUCACAAAGUUCUCCGCCAUGCCUUUCAUGAUCUGCGACAUCAACAACGUGUGCGGAUACGCGAACCGCAACGACUACAGCUACUGGUUGAGCACAACGGAGCCUAUGCCGAUGGCAAUGACGCCAAUACCGUCACCGGAAGUUGGUAGAUACAUCUCAAGAUGCUCCGUUUGCGAGGCACCAACUCGAAUAAUCGCAGUGCAUAGCCAGACUAUGUCGAUACCAACGUGUCCAGGCGGUUGGGAAGAACUUUGGGUCGGUUACAGUUUUCUCAUGCACCGUGACGCGGGCGCAGGAGGCGGUGGUCAGUCGCUGAUCUCGCCCGGCUCCUGUCUCGAGGAGUUCCGAAUAAGACCAUUCAUCGAGUGCCGUGGCCUCGGCACUUGCAACUACUUCUCCACUGCCACAUCCUACUGGCUGGCCACCAUCGAGGACUACGAGAUGUUCCGCAAACCGGUACAACAGACCCUGAAAGCGGACCAUACGUCGCGAGUGAGUCGCUGCGCAGUUUGCCUUCGUCGUCGGGUCACGGAGGACCCGCGCGCUAGGACACUGCCUCCUUUCAUGACGAACGGCCAGAAGGAUCCGGCCGGCAACAUUCAGUACGCUCCGCAUCGUUACCCGGUCUAUCCUGGACACCAAAGGCAACAACCUCCCAACAGGGGAAGACAUCCGAAUCGACCAGUGCCCGACCACUUCAGAAGGAGGACCAGGCUUCGCAAACCCGAUCGAACAACGGACCCCCCAUACGCGGGUUAAGAAAUCGGACGUCGUAGCAUGGUUGUCAAUGAUGCGGAGGUCAUGGUUUUGGGCGCGUAUUAACACUCGAACAGCGAGUUCUGGGUUUAUUUUGACCCACAGCAUAGGUACGGUUGUUUAAAUAUAAAGAAAAACUAACGUGUUUGCAAAAAGUAAUCACAAAAAUAAUGUUCACAAAAAUUGCCCAUUCUAAGCAUACUCAGCCACAUGAUCGUAAAAAAAGACCGCUGUCCGAGUGUUAAAACGAUGCGUACACGCGGAACACGUGGAGCCUCUAUCGUGAAAUUGAAAAUCCUGAAUCUCCUGAUGCAGAUUCAAUUACGGAUUCGAAUGUAUGCGUGUGCUUGCGCUAAAAUAGCCGCAUUUUAAUCAUCGUAAUUUUGAAUACAACAUGCACACGUACGCGAUUUUUGACACCGCUCGAUGAUCCAGAUCUUUAUUAUUUUACUUGCGUGAGUUUUUCUUUUGUCGCUGCUUAAACUCGAACGAUAGUAUUCCACGCUGAAAUCAUUCGAACAUUCAAAUCGAAGGAAUAGUUUUCGACGGUCGAGUAGAUUUCUAGAUAGCCUUUAAAUUUACAACUGUCCUAUAUUUCAAUUCUAUUCAUAGUUUUCAAGAAGCUGCAUUCUUGUUCGUACUAAUUCUUUUUGUUUUCUCAUAUUAUCGUUCCGCGAAUUAUGCGAAAUAAAUUGCUUGGAAUUCUUGGAUAUUUAGUAGAAUGUUAAUACAUACACGUAAAAUAGAGGCUUUUAAUGCGCGGCUAAACGAUUAUUCAUUUACACGGAUUAAAGCACGGUUGCGUUGAAUACAUAGGAAAUAAGGACCUCUACGAUGCUGUGAUGCUGGGAGGCAUCGACUCUAUGUAUAUAAUAUAUAACAAAAUAUUUGAAGAACCUAUUUUAUAAGUUGUCACACUUCUUUCUCGUAACGUACACAAUGACAAUGGCUACUGUUCGGUCGGAGUCCGAGAUGAUGCUUGAUGCCAAAAAAGUACAGGGAUCAAUGUCCCUGACGCAACUGCCAAUCCGAGGUUCGUUCUCGAGCGCGACGAACUCGCGAGACAAUGAAUAAUUUAAUUUUCAAUUACUUCGUACGAUAUGUCACUAUUGUAACUGCCUAUGUAUUUUGCAUUAAAUAAAGGUAUUUUAUAGAAACCAGCGGAAGCUGUGGUGCA